UAUACAGUUUGGGCCAUCUUCGUACCUAAAUACAAUGCGAAUACGCCGGCCAGCAACCAGCCAGCAACUCGCAUCGCAUUGCUCGGAUCGAAAAGCGAACAAAAAUUCAGUUGGCUGUGACGCUUUGUGAUGUAAGUACGUGACGCUCUUCCUCUUUCUCUCGUGCGGCGUUUCGUAGACGAACGGUUUUGUGUUGUUUUGUUUUCGUUUCUCUGGUGGCUGGUGUGCUUUGUUUUCUUUUUUUUUUGUACGAUUGUUGAGGAGUGUCUUUUUUAAUUUUUCGAGAGAUCUUCCUGCCAGUCUACGAAAAUGAAAUUAAAAGAAGAGGUAUUGUCUUGAAACAAAAAAUCAGUUUAUCUGCUAGGAUACAACAGUCAAAAAUGACGUAAAUCAACCCUAUUUAUUGAAAGGAGGAUUAAAAAUUUCCUCAUAAAUAAAAAAAACCUAAAUAAUUUCAGAAUGGCAUCCAUUCUCAUCGCUUUCUUACUACUAGUCAUAUGCAGCACAAGCGCAAACUUUUACUUACAUCGAAGACAACGAAAAUCUCAGGUUUUCUCGCCGAUAACGAGAACGAACCCCAAACCAAACAUAAUUCUUGUUCUAACAGAUGAUCAAGAUGUCGAACUGGGCUCUUUAAAUUUCAUGCCCAAAACGCUGAAAAGCAUUAGAGAUCAUGGAGCCGAAUUUAGGCAUGCAUAUGUUACGACACCGAUGUGCUGUCCAUCAAGAUCGAGUCUUUUAACAGGAAUGUACGUGCAUAAUCAUUUUGUUUAUACAAAUAAUGACAAUUGUUCGAGUACGCAAUGGCAGGCAACGCACGAAACAAGAACUUAUGCUACAUAUUUAUCAAACGCUGGAUACCGAACAGGUUAUUUUGGAAAAUAUCUUAAUAAAUAUAAUGGUUCCUACAUCCCACCUGGCUGGCGAGAAUGGGGUGGAUUAAUUAUGAAUUCAAAGUAUUACAAUUACUCUAUAAAUAUGAAUGGAAAGAAGAUAAAACAUGGAUUUGACUAUCAGAAGGAUUACUACUCUGAUUUAAUUGCGAAUGAUUCGAUUGCAUUUUUGAGGCAUUCAAAAAAACAGUACCAAUUCAAGCCGAUAAUGCUUACGAUGUCGUUUCCAGCACCCCACGGACCUGAGGAUUCCGCUCCACAAUAUUCUCACCUGUUUUUCAACGUUUCCUCUCAUCAUACUCCGAGUUACGACCACGCUCCCAAUCCAGAUAAACAAUGGAUAUUGCAAAUAACUAAAAACAUGGCACCAAUCCAUCGUGAAUUUACCGAUCUUUUGAUGACGAAACGUUUGCAAACUUUACAGUCUGUAGAUGACGCAGUUCAGAGGGUUGUGCAAGAGUUGGAAAAUUUAGGAGAAUUAGAUAAUACUUAUAUUAUUUAUACUUCUGAUCAUGGAUAUCAUUUGGGGCAGUUUGGUUUAAUCAAAGGCAAAAGUUUUCCUUUCGAAUUUGACGUCAGAGUCCCCUUCUUGGUUCGAGGUCCAGGAGUAGAACCAGGGACCGUCGUUAAUGACAUCGUACUAAAUAUCGAUCUAGCCCCAACGUUUCUGGAUAUGGCAGGCGUGGUACCCCCUCAACACAUGGACGGAAGAUCUGUUCUUCCAUUGUUUCACACUGCGAGAAGGAAAAAAAAUAAUUGGCCAGAUACUUUCUUAAUAGAGAGUUCUGGACGUCGAGAAAUGCCACAUUCUGAUCGUUCUAAACAUAAAAAUAAUAACUAUCCAACUACAAGAAUGAACACGGACAAUCCAUUAACUACAGAAGGCUUAGCGCUUUUUAAUUAUUCCGACAUUCCAUCUAUAUCUGUUCCUCGGUAUCUUCCAUCAACGGAAUCACCAAAAAUUUAUGAAUCUUCAGAAGAUAUAUCGCUAGAUUCUAACCUAGAAGCUAGCGAUAAUGAGGAAGAAGACGACGAUGAUGAAGGAGGAGAUGAUGGAGAAAUUGAGGUAUCAGAAGAUGUUAUUGAAGACGUUACUGAAGAAGAUUUGGAAGAGCAAACUAAUUUGGAUAACGUCAAUAUGGCUCUCUCUAAUCUAGACCAAGGAGAUAUGCAAUUAGAUAACAGACUGCUUCCAGUAAUGCCUUCGUCAAAAUUAGAACGGCUUGCAUUAGAAUGUCUAAGACUAGAAAUGAAAUUACCUUGCCAAAAAGGUCAAAAGUGGUUUUGUGAAAAAGAAAGCGGCAAGUGGCGAAGACGUAAAUGUAAAUCUGUCAAUAUGGAUGUAAUUCCGAUGCCAUCUAAUAAAGCAUACAGAAAAUGUGCUUGUUUUACUCCUAAUGGUUUGGUCUAUAAAAAAUUACCGUUACAGACUAUUUCUAGAAAGUCAUUGAGGCCUGAUAGAAUAAAACGCGAUUCCGACCUCGACGAAAUGAUUUUCGAAGACGAUGAAGAUACAAAUGAAUCUCACUUGUUGCCACGAGAGCAGAGAACGUUAAACUUAGCCCAUUUGGAAAAUGACAUGGAAGACGUAGAAGAUCAAAUUCAUGAGCUGAGACUUGUAAACGAAUCAAUAAUCACACGUCCUAAUAUUAAACUGGGAUUAGACACAAAUUCAAUAGGCAGGCCGGCGUGUUUCGUACAGAAAGGAAAAAUAAACUGCUCCAACGAUAUUUACAAAGACAAGAAAACAUGGCGGCAAUCCAGACAUCGAGUUGAAAACGAAAUACAACAAUUAAAGCACAAAUUAGAAACUCUAAAAGAAAUAAGAAGACAUUUAAAAAAUUCUAGACCGCCUGACUCGUCGGAAAAAUUAAACGGCACAGAAUUGAACGCAUUCAACGAAUUGACUUUCCGAAGAGAGAACAUACCAGUGAGCGUUUCUUACAACCCUGGAAUAUAUAGACCGAUACCCAUUGGUAAUGCUAACAGAUUUAAUAAUAAAAAGAGAAGGAAAAAGCCGAGUUUCUCAGAAGAAAGGCGUCCCAGAACAACUACAGAAAUCAAUUUUCCUAAUAUCAAUACCAACGCAAGUGAUUUUAAUGUUGAUAACUUCUCGAUGCAACCUGAUUUUACAACAGCGCCUUCUGUAGGUACUACAAGUCAUCACAGACAUAGACACAGAUUGCAUAAUUUUACUCAGAAAAUGCCUAUCGCAACUACAAAUGGACCAAGUGUUUUUACAACGUCUAAACCGAAGAGGAUACAAAAGCCUAGCGAUUUGAUACCGCUUCCUCGAAGAAGAAUAAAACCCAAUCUUUGCCACUGUGAAAUUAAAAAUCCUAAUGUAUCUAAUGAAAGAGACUCGGAACAAGAAACCAAACGGCGUUUGAAAGAAGAAAAACUAAGGCGAAAACAACGCAAGCAACGAAAAAAGGAACAGUUAAUGAGAGAAUGUGGUUUUGAAAAAAUGAAUUGCUUCCAUCAUGAUAACGAACAUUGGAAAACGGCACCGUUAUGGACCAGCGGGCCGUUCUGUUUUUGUAUGAACGCAAAUAAUAAUACUUAUUCUUGCGUUAGAACAAUAAAUUCUACACACAACUUCUUAUAUUGCGAAUUCACGACUGGUUUUGUCACAUUCUACAAUUUAAGAAUAGAUCCUUUUGAGCUACAAAAUCGAGCUGACUCGCUGAAACCCGAAGAAAAAUCAUAUCUUCACGAUUUGUUGGCACGUUUAAUGGCUUGCAAAGGAAAAUCGUGCACCGUAUCACACAUCAAAUCUAGAUCAAGAUAUAAUACUCAAACUAUACCCAUAAAUAGUCAACAGCACUAUAAAAGCAAAUUUUUAGAAGAUGGUGGUAAUAACAUUACGCAUAGAUGGUCACAAUUAGUAAAACCAGAUUUAAAGAAACGUGAUAGGAAUGGAAAUUUUACAGAACCAGGGGAAAUGCCACAUCGAAAACGUAGAAAAACGUAAAACUGUACUAAAUAAUAAUUUUCAAAUGCCACUUUCUAUUGUUUAAUUUUUAAGCAAUUUGUUAUUUUGAAAAACAGUUAAUAUCCUAUUUAUAUCGUUUUUCCUUAAAUGAUGAUUGAUUUUUUUAACGCAACUCGUAGUAUUCGUUGUUUAAAAUGCUGUAGAUAGGAUGUCAACAUUUAUUAAGUGAUAUUAGACGGCUCCAACACCAAAUUAGCAAUAAUGUUAAUGCUUUAAAAGUUAAAGUAUUUAUUAAUUUAUUUUCUUUAUAUUUGUAAAAAGUGUAACAUUUUCUUCACAAAACCCAUAUUGGUGUUUUAGAAAGCUGAAAGAUAAAGGAUCGAAAAUUAAUAUUUUGGAACAUAAAAUGUACUGUCUAAAAUACCAAAUAUUAUUUAUAGUUUUUUUGAAUUUGUAAAAAAAAACAACAUGAAGUAAAUAAAUUUUUA